AUGCCUCACUCACUUUCCCUCCCCUUCCAGUCUGUCCUCUCGCCCGAAUCGUCGGCUUCACCGCCUUACCGCACCGUUCUCAAGCCUGAAGAGCUCGAGAAGGUGUUCGUCGACGCGCUCGGCAAGGAGAAGUGGGAGAAAGUCAAGCAGAGCGAGAAGAGCGUUACCGCGACGUGCGGCAGCGGGAUGACCGCGGCCGUGCUCUGGCUUGCGCUCCAGCGCGCAGGCGUGACCGACAACACCGCCAUAUAUGACGAGGUGCGCCUGAUCCUCCAGUUCACACAGGUUGUCCAGCUAACCCUCUUGAAGAGCUGGACGGGCUACACCUCUCUCAUCCUCGCCUUCUCGCCUCGUAUGCCACCCGCUGGCCUGACUCAAGCCGCUUUUGAACGGGUUGGAGCCCAGAUCCGCACCCUCCAAGCCGCUCUGAGCGAGCUGGAGGGCAAAGGAUUUGGGUGCCCCACCUUGCUGAAGGCGGCAAAGGUCCUGCGCGACGAGUACGAGUUGUUAGCUUCUGCCGCUCCUACCACGCCUCGACCUGCUGCUUCGGCUCGUACCGGCACACCCACGCCCGCCAAGCCCGCCCCAAACAGCGUCGCCAUUGCCUCGAAACCGACGCGCCCCGACGCGACUACCCUGCCCUCGCCGCCCGUCUUGACCCUCGAGACGGUUGACGAGCGCAUCCAAGUGCACAUACAGCCCCUCCGCAUCGAACUCGAAGCGCUCAAAGCCUCCAGAGACGCCGCCGGCGCGACGCCGCCAACUCCACCCACCACCCCCCCUCAACCGCUCGAGGACACCUACGACGCCGCAGACCGGUCCUUCGCCGAGAUCGCAGCGUCCCCUCCCCUCUCCACGCCCUGGCCGCGACCCUCGCCCUCCCCGGCGCCGCCUAAGAAGACCGCAACCGAACCUGCCCCCAAUGCCAGCCACCUCGUCCACCUCUACGCCCAACCCUCCCUCACAACUGCCCGAGUCCGGCAGACUCUCGGCAUCCCAGCCUCCAUGCCAGUACGCCGAACGAACAGAGGAGACGUACUGGUCCAUCUCCCGGACGCCGCAGCCGCAUCCUUCCUCCGCUCCACAGCCGCCGCCGCCGGUUUCGCUCCCGCCACCCCUCUCGCCCUGUUCGGUCUGGUCGUACAUGGCGGCCCGAGAACCGAAGAAGCGGAGGAUGAGAUUGUUGAGGCAAUGGAGAGGAGGAUGGGAGAAGUCGGAGCCGUGCGGAGCGUCCGAGCGCUGCCUUCGAGGAAGUCGGGCGCGUUGUUCGGGUCGUACAUGGUGGUCCUGUGGAACAACGAGCACGUCAGCAACUUCCUGAAGGACGAAGGACGACUCUGGCUUGCCCCCACGGUCUGCGCGAGGUGCGAGAAGGCGAGGGGAAAGAAAGAGAUGACGCACGAGGCGGAAGCGGGCAAGCCGGUGGAGAGGACGGCGGGCAGCGCGAGGAUGGCGCUGGGCGAGUCGAAGAGCAUGGAGAAGGGCCCAGCAGAUGGGUACGAGUCGAAGAAGCGGGAGAAGAGCGAGGAGAAGAAGGAGAAGGACGAGCCGGCUCGCGCGCUUCUCGCUAAGUCCGGCGGGGGCUCGCUCGCAACUUCGUCCUCGCUCGUCGGGAACGGCUGCAACACGCCCAUUACAAUCACUACAACUUCCUCUACGCCCUCGAAUCCGUUCGAGCCCAGCCUCCCGCCCGAACUCUCCAACUUUGCCAUCGAGCGAUCCGUCGGCGACGACUUCGGCGUUGUUCUUGACGAGAUCCCGGAUUCUGCGGGUGCAAUGCGUCAGCAAGUAAGUCACCCUCCAGUCGAGUAUGCACCCCCACUGCUACACGCACCUGCAAAGUCAAACGGAGUUGAGACCCGCAUUAGCGAGGAACCUUCUUCCACCACAGAGACGAUGGACGCACCCGGCUUGCCGUCGCUCCGCGCACUCUCCAACGAACCCCACCGCAUCAUCGAGAAGCCGUCGACCGGCGACGCCGACCCCUCGAUCGCCGAUGUCCCCAUCGAAAAGCCCGGGACCGACAUCGUCAGAGCUGGUCUUGAGAAGAAGACGAUUCCUGCAGGUGCAAUGCGUCAGCAAGUAAGUCACCCUCAAGUCGAGUAUGCAGCCCCGGCGCUACACGCACCUGCGAAGUCAGACGGAGUUGAGACCCGCGUUAGCGAGGAACCCUCUCCAUCCGCAGAACCGAAGGACGCACCUCACUUGCCCUCGCUCCACGCGCCCACCAACAACCCCUACCGCAUCGACCUGACGCCCUCAACAGGAGCGUCCGCAUCAUCCACUUCCAACAUGCUCCUCGUUGGCGACUCGCCGCUCUCCCCGACACUUGCCGCCCGCCGCCAAUCCCCUUCGCCCUUCCUCGAGUUCGACACCACCAGCGGCAUAUGGUCGCACGUUCCCACGCCGCUCGUCGACCGCCCAACCCAGUACCGCACCAUGCCGAUCAUCGACUUCGAGUCGACGCCGAGCGAGGCAGACAAGUCCUGGGCGGACGAGACUGAGGAAGCGUUCCCGGUGGCAAAGGUAGUGGCAUCGAUGAACAAAAAAGAGAGGAAAGGGGAGAAGAGUGAAGAGGAGGAGAAAGGGUGGAAGAAAGUCGAGAAGGGGAAGUUGCGGAAGACGAAGCCAUUGCCGCCGGCGACGAAGAGAGCAAGCGACGGGAAGGAAGAGGGGAAGAGGAUGGCAACCAGGGCGCGUCGGAUUGUCCAGCCGAAGACGGAAGCGUUCCUGCGGACGAAGCCGAAAAACCUCAUCCGCCUCCGAAAAAACCCCAACCUUCCCACCACCGACCUCAUCCAAGAACCGCCGCGUCCCUUCAAACCCUUCGACAACGCCAACUGGCGCCUCAUCACCCCCCCACCAACCUCGCUGCCAGACGGCGAACCCGCCCCCAUCCGCAGCCUCAUCUUCAUCUCAAACCGCCUCGGACCGGCCGUCGCGUUGCAAGUCGCGGUGGAAUCAGGCGACGUUACUGCAGUCGACGUCGAGCUGCUGCACGGCGAAACAAUCCGCGUCAUCAACAUGUACAAUCCCUGCAACGAACGAGGAAAGGAGGUGAGAUACUUACCGUAUAACACAUCCGUCUCGACGGUGCUCCCGCCGCUACUCGCCUCAACCCCCAACUCCUCGCUCGUCGGCGUCGCCGGCGACUUUAACCUAUCGCACCCGGAUUGGGAUGAGUUAGUUGGCGACCCAGACGAAGCGGCGGAAGAAGCGGUACGCACCUUCGUCCACCACAACCUCGCCCACUACCUCCCACCCAACACCAUCACCAACCACCCCCACAACUCCCAACAUCGAAAGAAACCUCUCGACCUCGUCCUCGGCUCGCUGCGCGCAGAAGAACGAGUUGUCAGUUGCGGACUCGCCGAAGACCUCGAGUCCGGCUCCGACCACCGCCCCGUCCGACUCAUCCUCGCCCUCGAGACCACCACCUACUCCCCACCACCUCGUCGCGCCUUCCGCCGGACGGACCCCGCGAUCCUCGACCGCGCCUUCCGCGACGCGGCCGCCCAUCUCCCGACCUCCCCGCUUCUCACUGCCACCGACAUUGACCAACGAGCAGCCCAACUCACCAACGCGCUACAAACCGCCAUUUCCGCCGCUACGCCCUUCGCCCGGGCCCGAGCCGGACGAAUUGUUCCGUGGUGGGACGGCGAGCUGGCCGAAGCGAGCAAGGCGGCAAGAAGAGCGGCGAACCGAGCGUUCCGGAUGCGAGAGGCCGAUAGUCGAGAAGAGGAGGGAAGGGAGGCGUGGCGUGAGAAGAAGAGGCGAAGGAAUGAGGUGAAGGAGCUGAUGAGGAGGAAGAAGGAGGCGUGGGAAGAGAAGGAGAUGGCGGCGGUAACGGAAGCGACGCUGUGGUCGACGGUCAAGAAAAGCAUCAGCGAAGCCUGCACCGCCAACGCCACAACCCCGCCGCUUCGGAAGGGAGACGGUACUUACGCGACCUCCGCCCUCGACAAACUCACCCUCCUACGCCCGAUCCUCCUCCCGACCGUCCCUCCCAACUCUCUCAACGCGCCGACACCCGCUCAAUCACCCGCCACAAGCCCAACAACCCACCCUCCGCCCGGCUGCAAUCCUGACAUCCCAACUUUGCGCUGGCCGGAACCGCAACCUGCGAAGGCCGGGAUUGGGAGGAGAGUCAGCGGUGUUCAAGUAAGCCCUGAGUUUAUUGUCCAACCUACUACUCGAGAAGCAGACGACCGCCACGAGAGUGAGCCAAGACGUACCUGCGCAGACCCGACCGCGACGACGAAGAAGACGGUGAGGGCGACGACGAGGAAAGCGGCGGCGACGAUGGCGAAUACGGCGACGAAGGCAAAGAUGGCGAUGUCGAAGGCGACGACGAGCGACAAGACGGAGGGAGGAGAGGAGGGAGGAAGGGGAGGGUCGUUUCCUGAGGGUGAGGAACGUCAGCAAGUACGUUCUCACCGGUCGUAUUGCAACCCUCAAGGGGCUACGCACUCGAGUCGUUACGGAGUUGAAUCCCGCGCAAGCGAGGCCACCAUCACUCCCGCAGAAGCCGACGAGGACGUUCACGCCGAACCACCGACGCCCGCCUUGCCCUGGCCGGAGAUGCACGAGUGCGAAGUAGCGUCAGCAAUCAUGCAAGCCCGACCCUUCGCCGCCUGCGGACCUGACGAUGUACCCAACCACGUCCUCCAACUCCUUCUCCUUCUCCCGCUCCUCCUUCCGCAUCUCACCUCCCUCUACCGCACCUCACUCGCCCUCGGCCACCUGCCUCGAUCCUGGCGAGACGCUUCGUGCAUUGUCCUCCGCAAGCCCAAGAAACCGGACUAUCGCGAUCCGAAAGCGUACCGGAUGAUCGCUUUUGAGCGCUGCGUGGCAAAAGGACUGGAGCGAGUUGUCGCCGCCCGGCUGUCGCAUCUCGCCGAAUCACACGGCAUACUGCCGCAAUCACACUUCGGUGGUCGUCGCCGUCGCUCGGCGGAAGAUGCGGUGGUCUGCGUCGUCGAUGAGAUCAAGGGUCAGUGGCGGAACGGCAACGCGGUCAUCGGCCUCGCCCUAGACGUCUCCAAGGCGUUCCCAAGCGUCCAGACUGAACGACUCACCACAAAUCUCAAGAACCGCGGCCUGCCCGACUCCGCUUGCUCCUGGAUCCGCUCGUUCCUCAGCAACCGGACAUGCACCCUGCAGCUCGAAGGCGUCGUUAGCGAGACGAUUGAGUGGACCAGCGGACUGCCCCAAGGCUCACCUUUAUCGCCCAUUCUUUUCCUCGUCUACAACUCGCCGCUUCUCGAGUCCUGCGAAUCGGCGUCGACGUGCGGCUUUGGCUGGAUUGACGACGUGAACAUCUUGGCCUGGGGCAGAACAGUUGGCGAAGCGGUCAGCGCUAUGAAUGGGAUCGUCCCGCGACUAGAGGCAUGGUCCGACAGCCACUCGUCCGCCUUCGAACCCACGAAGACCGAGGCAACCAUCUUCCUCCCUUCCGCCCACGCCAUUCCCACAAAUACGCCCCAAGUCGUCCUCCGCGGCCACCACAUCGAGUUCAACCCGACCCUGACAAUGCUGGGAACGAAACUCGACUCACGGUUAUCCUUCCGCGACCACAUCUCCUCCUGCGCCGCCCGUGCCACAGUCUCAACGACGGCCGUAUCCCUCCUCACCCGCUCAAAGGCCGGCCUAGCGCCAAGACUGGCGCGCCAGCUCGUGGUAGCUUCCGGCGAGGCGCUCGAGAUUGAAGCAGGCCUGUUACCGAUCCACCUCCAACUCCAAAACCAGCUUUUUCGCCUCGCCCUGCGCGCUCUCUCCGCCUCACCCCAACAUCCGCUCCACGCCCGCGCUACCACAGCCCGCCGUCGUCCCGGACACGCCGCAUACCGUUCACCUUUCGACUUAGCCCUGACCAACCCACUCCUCCCGCCCGACCUCGUCGUCGAGACGAUCUACCCCGACCCGAUCCCGCCCUGGUCGCCCAACCCCGCCCCGCCCGUCGAACUUGCCCGCAGGAAGGAGAUUGGGACUCACGAGCACGAGAUAGUCGUCCGCGACCUCCCCCUCGGAUCCCUCCUCGUGUACACAGACGGGUCAAUGGGCGACUCGGGUACGGUUGGAGCAGGUGUCGCAGCGAAGUUGUGGGAAGGUGGAAGAGUGGUGAUGAGGGAAGGAGAAGCAGUCGAAGUCGAGCUGUGGCAGAGGGAGAGAAGGAGCAUGGGUCAGCGACAGACGGUCUACACCGGAGAACUCGAGGGCCUGCGCAUGGCACUCUCCUACCUGCUCGUUACCCAAACCGCUGACUCGCCCCUUACCGCCCUCAUAUCCCUCGACAACACCUCCGCCCUCGCCCACUCAACUGACCCGACCCCCUCGUCCGGCCAACACUUCCGCCUCGCCAUUCGGCAGGCGUUCGAGGAACUCCAACGCACCAGAAAGGAUAUCGCCGUGAGUCUGUCGUGGUCGCCAGGUCAUGUCGGGAUCGAGGGGAACGAGGUUGCGGAUGUCGAGGCGAAGGAGGCGGUGCGGGAGGAGGAGGAGUCAGCGAGGGCGCGGGAGGAGCGGACGAAGCUUAAGACGCACCUCAAGGGCCGUCUAGCCUUUGUACCAGCCAUGGCCAACCUGUCCAGCGAGUCAGAGGGCGACUCGAGUGAUUGGGAGGAGGAGAAGCGAGGAGCCCGCCAUCUCGCUAAGUCCAGCCACCCCGGUCGACGACCUCGCUUCGCCCCUUGCUUGACAGGCGACGAUGCUGGAUUUCCCGCUACAACUUCUGCUCUCUGGACCGCCCACAAGCGGGCCGUCACCGAGCGAUGGAACGCGGAAUGGGCGACAUCGUCACUUCCUCGCCCCCUCGCGAACGUCGUCAAGACGGCUUCCUCAGCUCACAAGUACUACGCCGGGCUCCCAAGACGUCACGCAACACUCCUCUGCCGCCUACGCACCGACGCGUCUGCGCUCAACAAACAUCGCGCCCGCUUCGACCCGUCCCGAUCCAACCUCUGCGAGUGCGGCGAGGUGGAGAGUCGGGAACACUUCCUGAUUCUCUGCCCGCUGUACGAGCAGGCACGCACCUCGUUCUACAAGCACAUUCGACUUCGUCAGACCCCUACAAUCGGCCUCCUCCUCGGCAACAUCGACUACCGCAUCCCUCUCCUCGGCUUCAUCGCAGCAACAGGUCGUUUCGAGCGCCUGACGGAGCCGGCGAAGGAUGAGGAGCAAGAAGGGGACAAGAAGAGAAGGAAGGCGGAGAACGGAGCGUAG